CCCUCCCAUCUCAUCUCGUCUCGCCCCUCUCCGGCUGCCGUGCUCUGUCCUCGUCUUUGCCUCCCGAAUCGGAUGCAUUUCUACGUUCGGUAGCCGGUGUGGUAUUGAUUCUUGCGGAAGGCCGGAUCUGCUUCUUCAAGCAGGAUUAGCUCGGAGAAGUUCAAAUGGCUCCUAAAGCUGCUACUGCCAAGAAGGGUGAUUCCAAGACCCAGGCCUUGAAGGUUGCCAAGGCCGUGAAGUCUGGGGCAGUCAAGAAAAAGACCAAGAAGAUCCGCACGUCUGUGACAUUUCACCGCCCCAAGACCCUGAAGAAGCCUAGGGACCCAAAGUACCCAAGAGUCAGUGCGCCUGGAAGGAACAAACUUGAUCAGUACCAAAUCCUCAAGUACCCCCUUACCACUGAGUCUGCAAUGAAGAAGAUUGAAGAUAACAACACUCUGGUCUUCAUUGUCGACCUCAAGGCAGAUAAGAAGAAAAUCAAGGCUGCUGUCAAGAAGAUGUACGAUAUUCAAGCAAAGAAGGUCAACACCCUGAUCAGGCCUGAUGGGAAGAAGAAGGCUUACGUGAAGCUGACACCAGACUAUGAUGCUCUUGAUGUGGCCAACAAAAUCGGCAUAAUCUAAGUUAUAGGCUACUGCAUUAGGCAUUCGUGUCUUUGUUUUUAUGUGAAACAAGAGUUUUGUAGAGCAAAGGGCCUCCGUGGCUCAAUUACCAUCUGCCUUGAUGCACAUUCAUGAAUUUGAUACAUCCAAGUGACCUAUGUUGAGCUAAUUUGGGUUCCGCACUUGCUUA